AUACGCUUCCGCGCUGAACCCCACGCAUCCUAACGCGCCCAGCGCGUCCGCUUAUCCGCUCCUUUCAUUAUAACUUUCAUGAGUAGCCAGGCUACACAGGAGCCGGUGCCCAGCUUCGAGGAGGCCGCUCAGGGCCUGGGGCCUGAGGCCACUGGCCUCACAUUGGCGGGAGGGCUGCACACUGGGGGUUGACGAAAGAGCAGAAUGGGCGGAGGAACCCCCCUUAAUCCUUGGGCGCCAGCAUGGACGCCCAGACAGCCGCCCAGCAUUAACGCUGGCGCCAUUGCGGCGGUUCCAUUACAAGUGGAACCUUUUGACUUGAUGCGCCUGCCGGAUGCAGUCGUGACUACGGUUGUAUCGUUUCUGAGCGCGCCGUCAGACGUGGUGCACUGUGCACUGGUCAGCAAGUCUCUGAGGCAGCACACGCAGGAUGCAGAACUGGUUUGCGACACCCGGCGGCUGCGUUCUUCCUCCCUGGACGCGGGGGGACCGGGUGACGAGAGCAAGAAGCGGGAGCUGCUGGAGGGGAUUUCAAAGAGCAUGCCAGGCACAGUGGCGCUGCUGCUGCCCAGCCUGCCGCUGGAAGACAGCGAGCUGCUGCGCUGCGUGGCUUCCCUGCCGCGCCUGCAGCUGCUGGACGUGAGUAGCCGUAAGCUCACGCACAGCGGCGUGACAGCACUGCUGCAGUUGACGGGUGGCGGCGUGCAGGAGGGACAGCAGGACGGCGUGUAUGAGCCGGCUGCCGGCAAGUGCCGCGCGCCGUACUUCAUGCUGAAUCUGCAGCGGUGCUUCCAGCUCACCACGGGCAGCCUGGACGCGCUGCUGGCGGCCCCCGGCCUGGCCUGCCUGGCCCUCAGCCACCUGGACCUGGGCCGCUGGGGCACAGAGCCCGAGGCGCUCCAGGGGCUGACUACUGCUGCGGGCAGUGCGGGCCGCUGCAGCUCCGAGCUGCAGGCGCUCGUCCUCCAGAACUGUCUGCGGCUGCAUGCGGGCGCAAUCGCAGCUCUAGCUGCGGCCGUGCCCAGCGCGCGCUUUCUCAUGCUGGGCGGCUGCACCCUGGCGCUGGCGGCGUUCGUCAGUCCGCCGGCCGCCAGUGUGCCGCACCUGCCUCAGCCGAUGCUGGACCUGCUACAUGCGGCGUACAAGGCCGCACCCACCAGCACCUCGGCCACGGUUGCGGCCCACAUCGGUGUGGCCCAGUGGCUGCUGGCGGCGGUGCUGAUGCUGCCGCAGCUGGAGGCGCUGGACCUCACCUUCUUUCCCCUGCCACUGGUGGCGGUGGUGCGGCGGGUGCUGACAGACGCGGAGGUGCUAGCCGGGCUGGGGCGCACCCCCGUGGAGGUGUGGGACUUCGCCAGUGACGCCGCCACAGUUGUGGAACAGGCUCGGAGCCUGCUCCGCCGCCACUUGCGGCCUUUGUCCCCGUCAGCGGGUGACGGCGCAGUCACAUGUGACGCGGCCAAGCCCGACAGCAGCGCAGGCUCCGCUGGCGCUCGUGUGGCUGACCUCCUUGCCGAGGAGGCAGUCAGGUGCGUCAUUCGCUGCGCUGUUAACUCCAGCAACACCAGCCGCAGCACGCCGUUGCACAUGGCUGCGAUGACCGGUAAGACCGCCGGGAUCCGCAAGCUGCUGGCGGCGGGCGUCAUUGUCGACGCGCGCGACACCGGGGGCGCCACUGCCUUGUUUUUGGCGAGUGAGGCGGGCCACGCGGACGUGUGCACCGCGCUGCUGGCAGCGGGCGCCGACCCAACCAUCAGCAACGCAGCCGGAGAGUCGCCCAUGUACAUCGCGGCCCUUCGCGGACACCUGGGCUGCGUGCAGGCACUGCUACGGACGUGCACGGCCCGCGGCAUUGAGUGGAUGGACCCCGAGCUGUACGGCGACUCCUGGACGCCACUGCACGCCGCGGCGGUGGCGGGCCGAGAGGACGUGGCGGCCUGCCUGCUGCAGGCUGCCGGCGCGUCGGGCUCUGAGCUGGUGGUGGCGCCCAACAAGUAUGGACAGAGCGUGGUGCACAUUGCGGCGCGCAAGGGCAGCUCGCAGUUGCUGCGGCUGCUUCUCAGCGCUGGCGGUGUGGAGGCGGUGGUGCGGCGUGACGGCAGCGGGGACACGCCGGUAGACGUGGCGAAGAAAAAUAGGCACACGGCAGCGCUGGCAGAGUUCAGGCGCGUGACGGCCAUGGCAUGAGGCCACCAAGCGGUGCGGACAGACCGUUGCAGCAGCAGCCCAGGGCAACAGGGGCGCUGCAAUACUAAGUAUCGCAGCACAGGACUGUCGAGAAUGCAGUUAGAAUCACGUUGCGCGACGGUGUGGUGACAUGUAGGCUGAACGCGCAUGCGCCUGUCGCGAAGGAAAUGCUGGUUUGACAUAGGCUUGGGUGGUACAAUGAUCACGUUUGACAGUAUUGAUUAUGGGGGUUUGGGGUUGUUGCUGUUCGGUGUUACAAGAGGGGGCAAUCUGAGCGCGCACGCACGGAGAGACCACCGAAUGCUGCCAGGGACCAAUUAAUGCCCGAGUUUUUGGGCUGAGCCCCCCGACAACUGUGCUGCGUCUGGCUGCGGUUGGCUCUGCUGUGGCAUCGCGAUUGCUAGGCACCUGGUUUGGCUAUGUGCCUGUGGAAACCGACCCCGGCUAUGUCCGGGCGAUGAGGAUAGCCGGGCGAUGAGGUUGUUCGGCCUCAGACUGUGGAGGGGCUCAGCCCCUUUUCCCGUGACCGGGGAACACUUGUCCCUGCCGCCUACGUUUCUGUAGCGCUCGCGGUUUGCGACAGUAUGGUUUUGGUUUGACAUUGAUAAGUAGGCCUGCCCCUCCCCCAGAAACUGGUUGGGCUGACUAUGAGAUGUGUUGGUGCUUCAUGUGCGCAACACAGCCUCGACACAGUGCCAGGGUUGCACCGUGCGAGGUGUGAUGGUCGCCUGUCCCGGAGUGACAUGUCGUGGUUAAGGCGUGGGCGAGGCGAGACGAGGGUGGGACCGUUUGGUGGGCAUAAUGUACUCACGUGGUCGCCACCGGGCCAUGGUCCCACACGCCGUCUUCAAGUGUUUGGCAAGGGCGAGCCUCCCGCUUGCGGGUGCAGCCACCAUUCACGCGGUAGCGCAUGCGCCCGCAUCCGCGCCACUUCCUUCUUACUUACUUCUUCUACUGGUUCACUACAUGGCUGCGCGCUAUGCUUAACGUCCACUUAUCCG